AUAUCACAACUCACAGCCCAUAACCAUUUUUCUCUCCCCUUUCAGUCGUCUCGGGAAAGAUCGGGCAGUCGGCGAAUUCUAACAGAGGAAUUUUUCCCGGCGCCUAAUCCUAAAACCCUAAACCCUCUCAGACAAAUCGAGACGCCCAAUUCCAAAACUUUCGAAAAACUCCAUUCCUCUUCUUCCACUGAAACAUCAAUGGCUUCCUUCGGCACCAAAUUCGUCUCCAGAUCAUCCCUAUCCUCCAUAAAAUCUGCCCUCAGAUCCGCCGCUGCAAAAUCCAGAUCAACCAGCUCUACCCCAUCCUUCGCCAGCACUUCUUCUUCUGCUACUCCUAUCCGCCGCUUCUCCAUCUCCAGGAUUCCCUCGGAGUUGGGAUGCGCGGCGUCUUUGCUGCCCCUGCAUAGCGCGGUGGCGACGGCGAGGAUGACUUCAUGCUUGAGCACGACUUCGAGGAGUGGCCGUGCUCUCUCUCAGGGUACACUCUGCUGCACCUAUCCCGGCCUCUAGUAGCUACAUUGCUAAGAAAAAGCUUUUAUUACUGCUACUACUACUCUCUCUUGACUGUGAGUAGCGUUUUUUUAGCUUCUCUUCAAACCCCUAAAUUUGUUAUAUGUAGCUUUUCUUGAUUGUCAUAUAUAUCAUUGAAAUGGAAGGAAUGAUAAUUGGCUCUUGUUGAUUACAUGGAUGUUUCACUUUAUACUUGUCGGGACUUUGUGCGUAAAUUGAUUCUUGUUGUGGUCCUUAAAGUUAGAAACUUUAGGCACGAAAUUGAGGUUCUGUUUAGAGACUAUGAUGAUGAAAUGAUGAUUAGGUUAGAGAACACGGGGGAGCUAGAAUUUGAGUUAGGGUGUCUUAUUGGGGGUCAAUCUAAUCUGGAGAUCUCAAGUGGCCAUAGGGUGUUUGCACAGUCUGACUAAGGGUAUUUGGUUCCUGCAGGCACAUAAUAUCAAAAGAAAUAAACUGGGGAUCUGUCAAUUAUGGCCCACUGCAUCCUUAUCCAAUGAUGUUGAUGGGACGUGAAAGAAGUAUCCUGUUUUGGAGGUGGGCUCUUUGACCAACUAUGCAGUUUGUGAUUGAAAACAAAGUGGAAAACAGUAUUGUUUAGGAUCAUAUUGGUUAGACUUAGACUAAUGUCGAAUAUCAGACCAACUAUGCAGUUUGUGAUUAUUGGUGAAUAUGGCCUGGAAUACGUAUACAACUAUUUAAGCUGUCCCAAUGUUCAGUUGCUAAUUGAAGUAUUGUUUUUUCUUUGUUGACUUCUAUAGAGCUCGGGCUGUCAGUUCCAAGGUGAUUUAAGAGGAGAAAUUCAUGAUAGGUCAUUUUGCCUUGUUAUCAGAAGCAAGGGACGAUUUGUUGCUUUUCAUGUCUAUGAAGAGUGGAGUGCGUAUAUGUAAGAUGCUGACUGCUUGAUACCUUGAGAAGCAGUUGAGAAUUUUUAUUUGAUCCUUCGGCGACACAAAUCUUGAUUGAUUUACUUCUUGACACUGCAAUUUUAACUAUAGGGUUAGUGUCGAUGCAAGUUAAUUCUUCUUGUUUGAUCUUUCAUAGUUGCCCCUCGUAUUAGGAUUACCUUGUACCCAGAAAAUAAAAAAUACAGAGUUAUCACGGCCACUCCUGCCAUAUCUUUGCACAACAAGAACUACGAGUUAUAUAGUUUCAUGCGCUUUUCGGGGUAUGGUGAAGAAUGCAAUGAAAGUGAUUUAUUUCCCACUUUUGAGGGAGUGAGCGCCAGUGCGGUUCGAAUCGUGUUUGCAUUGAACUGAUCUUCAUUAUAAAAGCUUG